AGUUACAUUUCUUCUUCAUAUUGUGACACCAAACUGCACCCAGUCAAUUUUUCUAUGCAGGUUAUCAGUGAAACAUCUUUGAGAACGUUUCCUGAUCAUUUCAGGAAUUGUUUUUAUUCUUGUAACUAAGCACAUUUCAGAGUUUUUAUUUUGUCUGCUAUUGUUGUGUUGGACUUGCUUGUGUUGAUGUUUUGUAGAUUGCGACGUUUGGUGUCGUUGGAACACAAGUUGUGUUUUAGAGGCAAACUUUCCAAUUGGAGAUGAUGCGUUUAUCCACUGGAUGUAUCAAUCAAAGGGUGGAAUCGCCGUUCAUUCAUUCUAUGAUAAGGACGACCAGCUGGCCGAACAGAACGAGCGCUUCAGGGGCAGAACCUCGCUCUUCAAGCAGAAAAUCAAAGAGGGGAACACAUCUCUGUUGUUGAAGAAUGUUGCCGUUGGAGAUGAAGGAGAGUACUGGUGCACCGUAGCAAACCGCCAGGGCCUCAAAGAGUCCUUCAUCCAACUCCAUGUUGAAACUCCAGUCAGGACAAUCCAGAUCCAAAAAGUUGACAAUCAACUUAUCUGCAGCUCAGAAGGAAUCUAUCCUGAACCUGAACUCCACUGGUCCACCGAGCCUACGCUACCCCAUGCCCUUAGCACCAAAGUCUACAUCCACCAGGAGUGGCAGACACAGCUGUACGGCAUAAAAGGCUCACUCGAAAUCCCGGGUGACAGCGAGGCUGAUGUGAAAUACAUCUGCGACAUCCGCAGCUCCAGAAGCAGCAAGAGAGCCACGUGGAGGAAAUCAUAUCGCGAUGUUUGGUGUCGUUGGAAUACGAGCUGCCUUUUGGAGGCAAGCUUUCCUAUUGGCGAUGAUGUAAUUAUCCACUGGACCCAUCAAUCAAAGGGGGGAGCCGCCGUUCAUUCAUUUUACAAAAACAAUGAUAAGCUAACCAACCAGACAGAGUGCUUCAGGGGCAGAACCUCACUUUUCAAGGAGAAGAUCAAAGAGGGAAACGCAUCUCUGCUGUUGAAGAAUGUUGUUGUUGGAGAUGAAGGGAUGUACAGGUGCUCCAUGGAAGCCCAGUCAAACUACAGAGACUCCUUCAUCCAAGUUCAUGUUGAAUCUCCAGUCACUACAAUCCAGAUAACAAAAAUUGGCAAGCAACUGAUGUGCACCUCAAAAGGAAUCUUCCCUGAGCCCCAACUCCGCUGGUUCACCGAGCCUGCGCUGGAGCAGACACUGACCAACGUCAGCACCAUCCACCAGGAGAUGUGGACAAAACUUUACAGCAUCAACAGCUCCAUCGACCUAAUGGGUGACAUGGAAUACAUCUGCGAGAUAAGCUGCUUCAAGAGCAGCAAGAGAAUCACGUGGAAGGAGACAAGAAAAAUGUUCUACUCGUCACACCUUGGAGCUGACCCAUAUUAUUCCAGAAAAGUGGGCAUUGGAUCGGGCGUACUGGCAAUAAUAAUAAUAUUCGUAGUUGUGCCGCUUAUUGUCUACUAUGCUGAAAAGAAACUUCAGUGCUGCCACCGUGUUCAGAGGACAACCCAAGAGAGGACGAGUGAAGAUCAACCGGAGAACGUUCCUCUGCGUGAAGGAGUGAAUCCUAUUCUAUACACAACAUCGGGACAUGGCCCGGACUGGUUGCCACCAGGGCACACGUAGACAAACAAGCGUUAACACUGUGACUUAUGCCUUUCCCAGAGUACAUGAUUUUUUUUUUGGUCUUGUCGUCGCAAUGUAUCUUGGAAUGGACGAGUUGUUACACUACAAGAUCAAAGCCUGCCAGAUCAUCGUGUACUGAGCGCAGAGCACAAUCCAACAUCUGACGUCGUUGGGAGGCGGGACAAGCAGCUGUCAAGCAGUAAUGGCAGGGAAGCACUUUCUAUAAUACAGUGACGGUCAUCUGCUCUCAGAUCAACACAAAAAAAGAAAAAACGGUUUGAAUGUUUUUUUGUCUACGCCGUUUGGAAAACCACAAGUGUGUGUGGUUUGCAGGCAACCCUGCCGGUGAAAAACAAGAGCGAGAGAGCACGGGCAAGAGGAAGCACAUGCCAGUUGCAAAGAUACACUAUUGGUCAAUAUUUAUCAACCAACAGUAGGAAUAGUGUUACUACUAUGGGGCAUGACAAGCAGAAUUCUGACUUGACUUCCUGCUACAUGGCCAUGAGGCGUCCGAGACAGUCGGCAUAGGUGGAUCUACUAUUCAGGCGAAGUAGGCGAUCGCCUUAGGCCCCCAACCAGUAGGGGGCCUCCAACCAGUAGGUUGCCCCAACGAGCAAGGGCUUGGGCCACCGGAGCCAGCAGUACCUCCAACUAUUCGUCCUGUAUAAUUAUGUCAGCACACCAAACAAACAAAUAACAAAACAAAAAAGAAAGACAUUUGAAUGCUGCAUUUAUAUUAUCUCUCCCCCGACACACGCACUACAAUGGACUGUUCCACAACGACGGACUGAGUAUCAGUCGCUUAGCUUCAUUUAGUGCCAUUUAGCUUCGCUUAGCUCCGUUUAGCAUCGCUUAGUUCUGCCUAGCUGUUCAUUAGCUUCACUUAGCUCUCCCGCGUUUUUCACGCCACUAAGCUCGCUAUUUCUACAGCUCACUUGCUACUUUGCACGUCAGCUAUCGUUUAUUUCGAACACAUGAGCGAACUUGCUCUCCAUGAGAGCCAAAGUGCAGUGAGGGAGAAGUUGAAAACAGGCCUCUAAUGCCUCUUAACUUUCUUCUUCUUCUUCUUCACACCGAACAUAAAAUACACGACAGCACACCCUGUGGCGAAACAAUGCAGUACAGUUCCAAUCAGUCAUACAAUAACACUCAACAGCUGGUUAACAGCAUUUGCUAAUGAAAAUAAAAUCAAAUCUAUUAGUGACACCCCAAGCAAUGACGAAGAAUGUUUUUUUUACGGAGUGUAAAGCUUUCGGUUAGCAGUUUAGCAAACGUACCUCCGGUGAACAUUUCAAAAUAAAAGCACGUCCUGUUCAUCAUAUAAAUAACGAUUUCUGGAGUUAAUCCCACAUACUUCAGAAUUAAUAUCAUAACAUGUUGAGUAAAUACUACAGAAUACAGAUUCUACACUAAGAAUAGCUUUCAAAUGACACUCUUUAUGACAAAUAUAAUUGCAAUGAAUAAUUAUUGUGAUUGUUAUACUACUAUUAUAUAUAGCAGGAUACUAUAAUAAUGCUAGAAUUUUUUCUAAGAAUGGUUUUGAAUUAUGUUGGAAAGGCAAAGUCAGUGUUCUGAAUCUGUUUACUUUCCAUUCUUUUGCACUAGUAAAUGCUAUCAGCAUUUAACCUCAUUGUUUAUUUGUGAUUAAUUAUUGUAAUUUACAUUAUUAUUUGUACUUUAAUAAAGAAUUUAAGUGUUCCAAAAUAGUUUUGUCAAUUAAUAAGCGUCAACAAAAAUUUCAUUGCUAAGUUAGUAAAAAAAAGAAAAUUAUUAGAUUAGUCGACUAAUCGUAAAACUAGUCUGCUGACUAAUCAAGAGAAUAUUUGUCGUUUAGGACAGCCCUAGUGUACCGGAACAUAUUUCCUCCACACCCUUCUCACCUUUUUAACCCCUGACCCAUGAAGAGGGCCCCUGAAUAUGUUCGCCUUAGGCCCCAAAAUUACCAAAUCCGCCACAGACAGUCGGUAGGUAUGUGUCUCUACACUCUGUGUCGUGACACCCCCACUUCAAAAUGUAUGCCACAACAGUCAACGAUACUCCACGACGUGCCUGUCGGGCUAGAAUCGAAUGAAUGAGUCAGGCAUAAUGUGCACUUGUGUGUGGGAUGAACCACUAGUACCACUUAGAGCUGUGCAAAGAUGGUUGAUUUGAAAAAACCUCA